UCUAUCACUGUCAUUAUAUAUAUUUACCUUGCUUUUAGCACAUGUGUUUUAUUUAGUUAACUAUUACAUUAGUGAAAUUAAAAAAAUAUUUAUUAUCCUUUAAUUUGUUAUUAUAAUAUAAACAUGGAAGAAAACACACCCACAGUUAGCCUAGUUUCAUGCAUGCAUUUUGUCAAACGUGGAGUGGCAAAAGAGGUUCCAGAAAAGAUUGAAUUAACAGAGAAGGAAUUAGAAAAAAUAAUUAAACAGACCGCUAAUGAGUUACGAUUGACAGAACAAGGUGAUGAUGUGAGUGAUGAAGAAGGUGAAGCCAGUAGUAGUGCUGCCCCUGAUCCUCCAGCCGACCCGGAUGAUAAAUUCAACUUUGCCAACUAUGAUGAGGAAGACCUAAGUAAUCCUAUAGGUAUUGGAACAGUUGCAACACUGCCAAACUUAGGGGAUCUUGGAGAAAAUGUUCAAAUUCGGACAGAAGGACCAGACAGUGAUGAAGAGGAUGAUAUAAUUAAACCAAGCGACAAUCUGCUGCUUGUCGGUCAUGUGGAGAGUGAUGCUAGUGUAUUAGAAGUUUACGUUUUCAACAAGGAGGAGGGUUCAUUCUAUGUGCACCACGAUAUUAUCCUCCCAUGGUUUCCACUGUGUGUUGAGUGGCUGAGUCAUGAUCCUUCAGAUCCCAAUCCAGGCAAUCUCUGUGCGCUGGGUGGUAUGGACCCAGUUAUCCAAGUAUGGGACCUGGACAUAGAGAAUUGUCUUGAACCAGCCUUCAAACUUGGCAGGAAGCCCAAUAAAAAGAAAAAAACAAAGAGGGUUGGCCACAAAGAUGCAGUCUUGGAUAUGUCAUGGAACAGCAAUUUCACACAUGUAUUAGCCAGUGGAUCAGCAGACAACACAGUGUUAUUAUGGGAUCUAGAUCAAGGCACGCCACACACAAAAUUUGAUGAGUUUGAAGAUAAGGUGCAGUCGCUGUCAUUCCACCCGCUGGAGGCACAGACGCUGGCCACGGGAGCCGCGGACGGCCGCGCCCGCGUGUGGGAUUGCCGCGUGGGCCGGGCGCGAUCCUGGAGCCUGCCGCCGCAGGUCGAGAGAGUUACUUGGGACCGGCACAACCCCUUCUGCUUUGCCGUUAGUAACAAUGAAGGGAAAGUAGCAUAUGUGGACUGCAGACAAGACGAGCCUUUGUGGACUAUACAGGCACACGACAAUGAGGUCACAGGUCUCAUAAUAAGCGAUCACGUCCCCGGUCUGAUGGUCACAGUCAGCACAGAUGGAAAAAUGAAGACUUGGGAUAUUUUGAACGCGUGCCCUGCGCCUGCGCAGACGAGCGAGCGCGCGUGCCGCGUGGGGCAGGCGCUGUGCGCGGCCGCGUGUCCCGAGGCGCCGUUCUCGGUGGCCGUCGGCGGCGACAACAAACAGUGCUACAUCGAGCUCGUCGACCUCACCAUUAGUGAACAAGUUGUAAAUCGGUUUGGCUCUAGACAACAAGUUUCAAUAACUACAGAAGCAAAUGAUGAAGCUAUGGAUACAUAGAAAACUAUUGAAUUUAAAAUAUAAUUGAUUAUAUUAUCUUGUUA